CAACAACUUGAGUGACGUCACACAACCAAUGGAUGGAGUGGAGAUGGAGCAUCUAAAAUUACAGAAUAGAACAAAUUAUUAUUUCUCCGUAUACGCUUCAUUUUCUUCGAAUUAAAACACGAAAGUGACGAUAUUCGUGUACGACGCGAGUGAAUAUAAUUGAUACAAAAUAAUUCAACCUAUAAAGAGUGCCAUAAUUUGUGAUAUUGUUUCAUCGUCUUGGUUACUACCAGUAAUUUGUACGUUUUACUAAAAAGAUGCAAAGGAAGCGUCGGCCGUCCAGACUAAAAAGCCACAUUUAACUAAUCAUAACAUUAAGCGUAAAACUAUGAUAUAGAUCUUAAACAACAUUAAACAUGCCUGUCGUUUCGCCUUCACGUUACAAUACUUCCUCUUCAAGCCUGACCGGAUCUUAUCGGUCAACUCUGACAUCUUCUUCGAGUUUAGAUAAACCAUACUACAGAACCAGUAGCGGAACUUACGUCACUUCAACACUAAGAAGCACUUAUGGCGACAGAACCACAGAAUACAGAUCCAAAUACUCAGACGUAGACGGUAAAAGAGAACGGAAGACAUCUUUAGUGGAAUACUCUAGAACAUCUAGGGCGCCAAGUGUAACCGACAGCGAUAGUGGAAUUUCAACUAGAUAUAGGUCAGAAAGAAGUGAGUCGCGAUCGAGGGACAUAUCUACAACUAGAAGCGAGAGUAGUAAGACUUCAAAUGAACCAGUGCAGAGGAAUAAGCGUAAUGUAUUAAGUUCUGCUGCGCUGGCGAUGUCCACAGCGGAAUUGUACAAUAAAUAUAGUCCAGCGAACUACGUGCCGUUAACACAAAGAAUUAAAGAACAGCAGAACAAUUAUGGCGAAAUAUCUAGGUCCAAAUCCAUAUCUAAUGAUAUUGGUCGACCUCCAGCGGCUGAUCCGUCUAGACUGAGAAAAGCGAGGAAUUCCGCGGCAACAAUAUCAGAGAAACCGGAAGGCAGAAGAUCGCACAAGGACAGUUCUCCGACGCCGAGUUAUAAUAGCAAAAGGAACUCUAUGACAAAUGGCUCUAAAGACACAAAUGGCAAUGAGGUGCCAUCGGUAUCAGAAAUCAGAAAGAGAUUCGAUAGUAAAAUGACAGUGACAAAACUACCAACAAACGACACUAGAUAUACGAAGCCGUCCGUAGAACAAUAUCUGAAUCAAUUGAAAGAUUGUGAAAAUGGUACCGUUGGCUACACGAAGCUCUUGGCGAAAGACGAAAAACCUGUUCCGGUACACAUGCCUUAUGCUGACAAAAAUGGUUACAAUCAUAAAUGGGAACUAGGCUCCUCGAGUUCUCGAUCGAAUUCUAAUUCAGACCUCUCAAUCAGCAAAACUAUAUCUGAACCAGUUUCACUAUCCAAGCCUGUAGUCGAAAAAGCUAAUUCCAUGUCAACAUCACUAACAACUAAACUGCCAUCCGAUCGCUUAGCCAGCAUAAAGAGCCAGCUGGAUCCUAACAACCCCAUUGGAAAGAUUCUAGAAAAAUCCACGGUCAUUCAAGUAGAAAACGGUGAUAUAGAUAAACGAGACAUCACACCGAAAAAGGAUCUCAAAACUGACAUAGAAAAGCAAGUUAAAACACCAAAACACACAUCUAACUUCGCUUCUUAUAUACAGAUCUCACAGCCAAUAGCUACGGGGACUUCAACUCCGAAAAGAGAAGAGAAUGAUGAGAGGAAAACUAAAGUAAAACUUAAAUAUAUAGAUUCGGCGGAAGAUAGUUUAGUUCUAGAUAAUGAUAUAGAAUCUCCUAGUGGCACAGGUUUUGAGAAUAAAACGUUUGAACAUGAGAAUUUUUUGAAGAAACGCAUUGAAAAAUCUGAAGGGGAGAAAGUGCAAGAUGAUGGCGUUAAAUCCAUGGAAACUAGCACAGAAAGUACAUUUAGUGAAGCGACAGAAGAUUCCAGUCCUGAAACACCUUCGGCUAGACGAAGAGUCUUGGACACUAAAGACUACGAUGAUAUAAAAUUGGAGCUGGCCGGUGGUAAGAGUGGGCCAAGCGGUAUCAGAAGGAGCGCGGAGAGAUCGGAAUCAGAGCCCAGGGUCGAGAAACAACAGAGCCAGACUAGUGACCUGCAUGGCUAUAGAGCGACUCUACACCACCUUCGUAUAGAUUCGAACAAGGCUAUCGUUGUCAAGCCUUCUGCCACUUCAGGUUUGAAUGGCCUCCGUAACAUCGGUAACACGUGCUUUAUGAACAGCGUGAUACAAUGUCUGUCCAACACGAGACCCCUCCUAGAGUACCUCUCGGACGAGAAGUACCAGGGCGAGAUCAACACCACGCUGUCUUGUAUGAAGGGUGCGCUUAUCAAGGCGUUCGCGAGCGUGAUCAAGGAGCUGUGGCGUAGCGGCGAGAAGGACUCUGUGGUGAACACCACCAGCCUCAAGUCCCAGGUGCAGAGGUUCGCGCCCAGAUUCAUGGGCUACAGCCAGCAGGAUGCUCAGGAAUUCCUCCGGUACCUUUUGGAAGGUCUGCAUGAGGACGUGAACCGCGUCACAGUGAAACCAAAGCCGAUACUAACAGAGAUCGACGACAAUCUGAGCGACUCCGCGAAGGCGAACGAAGCGUGGUCCCGCUACUUGCGCGUGGAGGAGUCCCUCGUGGGGGACAUAUUCGUGGGGCAGCUCAAGUCCACGCUGCGCUGCACUCACUGCAACCACGACAGUGUCACAUUCGACCCCUUCUGGGACCUCAGUUUGCCGAUCCCGUCGCGCACGGGCAAUCUGAAGCUGCAGCAGUGUCUGCAGCACUUCACCAAACAGGAGGAGCUCGACGGAGACGAGAAACCGACGUGUUCAAAGUGCGGAGUCCGGCGCAAGUGCCUCAAGUGGUUCACUGUGCAGAAGUUCCCGCAGAUACUGGUCAUACACCUCAAGCGCUUCUCCCCGACGGAGCGGUUCCGCGGCAAACUGAACGUGCUGGUGGAGUUCCCGCUCAGCAACCUGGACAUGGGCCCCUACGCGGCCAACAGACAGAACGCCGUGUACAACCUCUACGCCGUCAGCAACCAUUCUGGUACAACAUAUUCGGGACACUACACCGCGUACUGCAAACAUCCGUACACAGGAGAUUGGCACGAGUAUAACGACUCUCGAGUGUCCCCCAUAGCGGCCCGCAACGUGGUGUCGUCGGAAGCCUAUAUGCUGUUUUAUGAGCUGCAGCGGACCUCGCAUUCGUAGCGAGUGGAAUUGAACUAGGAUCUGUACAGAAUGGCGGUUAUUUAUUUCAUUAAUAAUAAUUAAUAUAUUUCUUUUUAUGCAAAUCUCUGAAUAUUAUUUGGUCGUGAUCAAUUUGUUUGUAAAAUAUUGUAUUAUAAUAUUAUUUUAUUGAGUUUAAUACAUUGUUCAUUUUACUAACGACCAGGCAUCAUCUCACAUUAAAAAAUAUAACAUCAGCAAAAACUUGUCAAAUUUGGAUAAAAACCAAGUGCUAGGCUAAAUAUUUUAUGAAUGAUCUAAGCCAAAAUUUGGCUAAAUAUUUGGUGUCAAAAUCAUUAAUAAUCGAACCAUUUAAAAAUUUACACCAAUUUGUUUUUAUAAAUGACGAUGUUGCCUCGUCUAAAGCGAAGAUUUUUGGAGAAAAAUAAUGAAUAUAAAAGGCACUUUCGCACGUUCAUUAAAAUAUUACGUUUUUUGCUUUGUUACAAGGUGAACAAUAGAUAGAAUAAUUUGCCAAAUUUCGUGUGUUCAUAAAAAUAUUUUUAUAUACAUCCACAUAUCCCAUAUACUUUUAUAUACAAUACUUUGGAAUUGCCAGUUUUAAAAAGAUUUUGGCUAAAACUAAGAUCAAAGUUUCGAACUUACCCGUGCAAUAAUUGUUUUUUUUUUUUAAAGUGCAAUUUAAAUUUAUUAUUUCACUCGAGAUUUCGUUUUAAAGAAUUGGUAAUGGAGAUCUAGUCACGUACUUUGGAGUUUCAAUGACCAAGUACUAUUUUGGGAUAUAUAAAUAAAUUUAAUUGGGACAUCGGUCCACUUUCCCUUAAUUUUUACCCCUAAUAAAUUAGCUUUUUUAACAAAAUAAAUGUUCAUAUCUAGAAAGACAAAUUGACUUGGUUUUCAAUAAAAAAUUGUAUUCGAAUCUACACAUAUUUAAAAGUAAAAAUCAAAAUAUAAACACCUUUUCUGUAACUGACAGGAUAUGACCGUAAAAAGCUGAAAAUGGGUGUGUAGGUUCCUUGGGUGGUGAAGGGGACCACUAAGGGGGUAUUAUAACAAAUUCGACCCUUAAGAGGUUGUAGUAUUGGCAAAAUAUAUCUUUAGCUGCACUCAUACGUCAUCUCUGUAUGACCUAAACGUUAUAAUCUUAGCAUUCGACCAUUAUUUUAUGCUUAUUGUAAUUUAUGAAAAAAGUUUACGUGAAUGAAAAGGGGUUGAAAUUUUGUACGAAUCUUUCAACACUCAAAUUUUUAACAUUUCAUUUGGAUACUUUUUCAAAUAAAAUGUUAAAAAUUUUUAAAGAGCGCAAAGCGGACCGAUUCUCCACUUGUUCGUUAAAUUUCAUAUUUGUUUUAAAAAUGAAUGAAAUUUUAAUACAGUUGUUGUAAACGCGAGUUAUUUAUUAAAUUAUUAUUAAUUAUAAUGAAGGUGUAUGCUGCGUGAGUUACCUUAUCGUUUUGUUAACAUCGCUCGCGCAUCGCAACUAAUAAUAAAAAUCUAGUAAAUAUAUUUUUCUAUAAAAUAUAGUUAAUCUAGUAAAUAUAUUUAUCUUCAAAAAAUUAUUUAUUGUGGUAUGAAAAAAGGAUUGUCUAAAGCAUGCCGUAAUCUGUGGAAGUUAUUUGGAAAAUGGGACGGAAACGUGUAACAGGAAACUGGAGUAGCGUAAGAUUGAUUUGUCAAAUUGAUUGUUUUUUGAAGAUUUGUUUAGCUUGCGGUAUUUCCUUUUAGACUUUUUCAAUUUCCACGCAAACACAUCUAAAUAUUGUGGAAAAAACAAGUAAUUUUUUUUUUUGUUAUGAAAUAAAAACUAUAAAAGUUGUCUAACCUAUUUAUUAAUUCGUUUACUUAAAUUUGUAUUCAUGUAAAAAUCCAGCUUAAUUUUUUUCGAUGUGGGCAAGCGGUGUUCAGAAAAUGAUACUUACAAUUACACCUUUCUCUUUUGCACAUGGGGCGACAGAAAGGGACACUAGAUAGCAAGGGUGUUUAGUAUAUAAGCCUUCUUGCCUGCGCCAUUUUUAAAUUCGUGUUUAUUGAGUGGAAUUGAGAAAGUAUGGCAUUUAUGGGUAUUAUAAUAGUGUUACCAAAAAUAUGUUAUGUUUUUUUAUGUCAAACUAGAUCUACCAUCUUAUAUAUACGAUAGAAACUAUCAACUUGGUUAAAUAAAGCAGAAUUUUAUAGAAAUUUCAAGAAAAUCACAAAGUUCAAGAAAAUCAAUCAAUCAAAAUGUAAAUUCUACCUAUUUGUCACAUUUUCAGACUUUGGGACUUUUGUGAAACAUUUGAAAAACAAUUGGGAAUAAUCUUAAACUAUGAUAUAUUUUUAUUAUAUCGCGAGCGCAAGCAAACAGUUCUGAAUGCUAGCAAUCGUAUGCAAUAAUACGAAGUUACUAGGAUUCUUGCUUGAAUUUAAAUCGUAAAUUAUUUUUAUUCACAAAUGUAAAAAAGUUGAGAUUUUUUUAAAACAAAAGAUUUUUUUUUUCACUCGCACCGAUUCUAGUUAGCGCUUGUGUUGUGACACGUGCUGAAACAUGAUAUUAAUAAUUCAAUCGAUAAACACGAAGGAGCAACUAAUUUAGUAGAAUUAAUUAAAUUAUGGAGUGAACAAAUUAAUAUAUAAUUAAAAAUAAUGUUAUUGUUAUUUAGUUGUUAAAUAACACAUUGCAGUAAGCUUAUGUAGUGUUCAAAUUAUACUUACAACGUUUUACAUAAUCGCGACGGCCAGAUUGAAACGAAUGCAUUUAUAAAUUUCGGUGUUACACACACAAAAAAAAAAAAAAACUUUCUCCUGAAUUUUUUUCUCAUAAAUCUUAAAUUAUCGUGUUUUAAAUAAAACAAAAUUAUUUAUUUUUAAUAUAUUUAAAAUAAGCUUAUUGCAAUGAAGGUUUUGUCGCCAUUCUCAGUCCACGGCGGCGAGCUCUUAAAUAAUAUUAUCUAAUGACUCGAUAUACAGAAAAUUAUAUAUGAUAUAUGAUAUAUAUAUAUAUAUAUAUAUAUAUAUAUAUAUAUAUAUAUAUAUAUAUAUAUAUAUAUAUAUAUAUAGUAUAAAAUAGGGAAUGGGGCGAUGGUAAAGAAUUCGUCCUGUGUCGUGUGGUGUUAUAUUUUGCACGUGGCCACCAUCAUAAAAAUUAAAUUCAUUGCAUAUUGCAUAUAAUAUAUAUUUGAUAAAUCCUAUUUUUGCCGAAUGCUACAUCACUUUAAUGCAAUAUUAAUUUUGUUGUUUGAACUAAUUGUAAUCUAUAAUUGCUUUGCUAUAUAAGAUCGAAUUUUUAAUAAAAUCAUAACAAAGUUAUAUACAUUAUACGAUAAAAAAAAAUAUUAUAAAAAAAAUGAUAUUUUAUGAAUAUUUUGUCAAUAUUUUAUGUGUGAAAUAUUUCUGAUUAGUUUUUUAAAUAUUCCAUAAUUAAUUUAUAUAAAUAUACCACCACACAACAGCAUAAUUAAAUGUAUAUAGAAUGUAAAGCUUAAAUUAAUUACAUAAUUUAUAUAUUUGUUGAUUCCUCACAAACCAAUUCGUGAAGUGUACAAAAGAUAAAUAUUUAAAAGUAUAUCUACAUAUUUACCGAGAUGUCUGAUAAUAGAUAAUGUAGUAAUUUAUAUAAACGCUUUUUUUUGUUAUAAGUUGCAUCAUUUUUGUCAUAAUAAAAAAAAUUUGGGCUAUUUAAGCGGAGUGGGGGGUUGUGGGAUGAACAACAAUAUUUAGUUUGAAAAUUAUGUGUGAUGUGUAUAACAAAACCAUUUAAAUAUAAUUAUAGAUUAUAUCAGCGGUUCUCAAACUGUUCUGUAAAUGGAACCCGUUUGCAUCUGAAUUUGAACAUGUAAAAUUAAAAUUUGAUUUUAUAUACAAUGAAUUUGCAAAAUUAAAUCAUUAUUAAAAAUGUUUUUUUUUUAGUACUUACUUCUUUUUAUACUUUUUUAAGACUAAUAUUUUUUAGUACACUUUGAGGACCGCUGGUUUAUAUAAUUAUAUUGAAAUGAUUUUAAUGAAAAUCAAUAAGAUUAGGUAUUUAAAUAAUCGUAUUACGUCUUUUACUGAAAUAUACGCUUUAUUAUGUAAUUUACAUAAUAAUGUGUAUUGUUUGUGUUGAUUUUUGAAUGUAUAUAUUUCAGUAAACAGCCCAAAAAUCCAUAUACUUGCACCAAUACAGCUUUAAUAAACAUUACAAUAUUAUAUUACUCUGUUCCAACUUAUAACAAAAAAUAUAUAUAUACCUAUUUAACUUUGUCCCGUUGUUCGUGGGUGUCCAGUUUCCCACUUUCCGAUGUUUGUAAAUUUUUUUAAUGCAAUAUAUUAUUAUUAUGAUUGUAAAGUUUGACAUCACAUCUAUCGCAGUAUUCGCCCGGUAUUUAUAAAUUAAUUAUGUACUUACCAUUGUUUUAUAGCUUAUAGAUAUAUAUAUUAAAAGGCCAUUAUAUUACAUAAA